UUCUUAAAACAUUCUGGGUAUAGAAUUAGGGAUAGAGGAAGAUCCUACCUCACUUGUGUUUGUCCUUUUCUCUAGGUCUGGCGUGCUCCUGAUCAGAGUUAUUCUGAUCUGAAGAUUUUGGUGUUUAAGGCAGUUGCAGGCGGCAGAUAAUAGCCUGACUUGUUCAUGGAGUUUUUCAUCAGUAUGUCUGAAACCAUUAAAUAUAAUGACGAUGAUCAUAAAACUCUGUUUCUGAAAACACUAAAUGAACAACGCCUGGAAGGAGAAUUUUGCGAUAUUGCUAUUGUGGUUGAAGAUGUGAAAUUCAGAGCACACAGAUGUGUUCUUGCCGCCUGCAGCACCUACUUUAAAAAGCUUUUCAAGAAGCUUGAGGUUGAUAGUUCUUCAGUCAUAGAAAUAGAUUUUCUUCGUUCUGAUAUCUUUGAGGAGGUCCUGAACUACAUGUACACAGCAAAGAUUUCCGUGAAAAAAGAAGAUGUUAACUUAAUGAUGUCAUCUGGUCAGAUUCUUGGUAUCCGAUUUUUGGAUAAACUCUGUUCUCAGAAGCGCGAUGUAUCUAGUCCUGAUGAAAAUAAUGGUCAGUCAAAAAGUAAGUAUUGCCUCAAAAUAAAUCGCCCCAUUGGAGAUACUGCUGACACUCAGGAUGAUGAUGUGGAAGAAAUUGGAGAUCAGGAUGACAGUCCUUCUGAUGACACAGUAGAAGGCACCCCUCCAAGCCAGGAAGACGGCAAGUCACCUACAACAACGCUCAGGGUUCAGGAAGCGAUCUUGAAAGAGCUGGGGAGUGAAGAGGUUCGAAAAGUCAACUGCUACGGCCAGGAGGUAGAAUCCAUGGAGACCCCAGAAUCAAAAGAUUUGGGGUCCCAGACCCCUCAAGCCUUGACAUUUAAUGAUGGAAUGAGCGAAGUGAAAGAUGAACAGACACCGGGCUGGACGACUGCUGCCAGUGACAUGAAGUUUGAGUACUUGCUUUACGGUCACCAUCGGGAGCAGAUCGCCUGUCAAGCCUGCGGUAAGACAUUUUCUGACGAAGGCAGGUUGAGGAAGCAUGAGAAGCUCCACACGGCGGACAGGCCGUUCGUUUGUGAGAUGUGUACCAAGGGCUUCACCACGCAGGCCCACCUGAAGGAGCACCUGAAAAUCCACACGGGCUACAAGCCCUACAGCUGCGAGGUGUGUGGGAAGUCCUUCAUUCGCGCCCCAGACUUGAAGAAGCACGAGAGAGUACACAGCAAUGAGAGACCGUUUGCGUGCCACAUGUGUGACAAAGCCUUCAAACACAAGUCCCACCUCAAGGACCAUGAAAGAAGGCACAGAGGGGAGAAGCCUUUUGUGUGCGGCUCCUGCACCAAGGCGUUUGCCAAGGCAUCCGAUCUGAAAAGGCACGAGAACAAUAUGCACAGUGAAAGGAAGCAGGUUACCCCCAGCGCCAUCCAGAGUGAGACGGAACAGUUGCAGGCGGCAGCAAUGGCCGCCGAAGCCGAGCAGCAGCUGGAGACAAUAGCCUGUAGCUAGAGGUGGAGGGACGGGACACUGCCUGGGGAGCGGGGACUGAGAUCCCACUGAUCACUGAGGAAUGCCAGUUACCGUAUUUUUGUGGAAAUGUCUGGAGCAUUGUACUCACUGGACUUAGGGCAGUGCUGGGUUAGGCAUUUUUAAAACUUUUCAAGGAAAUAAUGUUCCUACAUUCUGACCAAACAGUUUCACUGUCCUGUCUGGUGUCUAGAAUUAAUGUUGCCCCUCUUUUUUUUUUAUGAUUUUAAUUUGUGAACUCCUGUGUCCAAUUUAGAAGAGAGAGACUUCUAUUUCAUUUCUAGUUCCUCUACACUCACCGCACUGGUGAGUGCACUGCACAGAGUGAUAAUUGAGUAAAUUGAUUUCCUAAUCAUCACAAUUUUUUGUGACUUAUGGUCAAAACAGCAUUUUUCAUAAUAGAAGUACUUCAUAUAGAUGCAGAAAAUAUUGGUGGGAGCUUGACCGAGAAUGUUGCGCAAAUAGGAAAACAAGUUCUGGAAAUGCAGAAUGGUAUUAGAUUUAUAUUUGGUUUGUUAAUUUUAUAUCAUUGUUUUUCACUGUUUUUGUGGACAAAGAAUGGUUGCUUUGCUGAAGUGUUUCUUCAUUCAUUGUGAUUGCCUUGUCCCUUACCCCCAAAACUGUGGUCACAUAUACUGAUGGCUAAGCACACCCACCAGGCUGUUUUUGGUCUUGGGGCUAAGUUCUUAGGUUGCUAUUUUUGGGGCAUUUCCACUCUGCACUAGCUGGGGUUUGUGGAGUGGACCAGAAGUUAGAGGCAUAGAAAAGGCUCUCAGAGACAGGGUUUUCACAUGUGCAACAAUUUCAACAUUUCCUAGAUCAAAAUAAUUCUUAAUUGAUUUUGAAAUUGGAUUUUUAUUUAGGAUCAAAAUUAGGACAAGAACAGAUGUGCUUCUUCAGAUAAUAUUUGUGUAACAUAACAGGAUGUCAUCAAGCUUUGGGGCUCUCUGCAGCACGAGUUAUCCAUAAAGAAGAUGCAAUAUGCUUACUUAAAUUAAUGAAUUUAAAGUCUUUUAAGUGUGUAAAUAGUAGUGUUGGUCUUAACUAUUUCAAGUAAAAGUAGACAGCUGCACUUUUUUUGCACAUUGGAUUAAAAUAACUUCCAUCAGCAACAAACAUCAGACUGUUUUGAACCAAUAUUAAAGACUGUGAGACUAAAUGUUUAUGUUUCUGAAAUAUAUUUCAUCACUGGUUACAGUUUUAAAUAGAAGUUGAUUGCCUUUUCAUAGCCAUAAAUCAGAAUUAUGAACUCUGUUCCAGUUUUGGUGUACUAAAUAUUCUUUUAACCAUUUCUUUAGGAAUAUAUUGAAGCCAACAACAGUUUGAAUUAUGUUCUGUAAUAAGGUAUUAGUCAAUUAUUUUAGAAUGUGUACAAUUGUAGAAAAUGUCAACUUUUAAAAUUUAUUUUUGGUUGCUAGGAUUUUUUUUUAAAAUACAUUAAAGUAAUUUCAUUUCAUAGCUUAUUGCAUUAACACCUGUAAUUACUAUUGUGGGAGAAAUUUUAUUUUUUAAAUUGGUGUAUAUGUUAUGCCCAAGAUUGUAGGAUGAAGAUGAUACCUUUUUUAAAAAAUUUAUUUAUUGGUAAGAUGUUUAGUUUAAAAUUAAUUUAAUUCCUUUUCUUGAAAGUUGUUUAUUCUGUACUAAAAAUAGUCCCGUCACUGUGUUUUAUAUGCUGUUAGUAGAAGGGGAACUGAUUGCUGUUCCUGGGCUGUUUUAACCAAAGCAAAGGAAAAAUAACAUCUUGUUGAUAGCUACAACAAACCAUAUUUUGGGCCUUCAUUUUUGUAUAUAAAAAAAUAUACUUUUAUCA